GACGCGCGGUCGCGGUCGCGUCCGUCAUGGCGUCGCGCGCGUCGAUCGCGUCGCGCGCGACGCCGGUUCCGCGCGCGCGCAUCGCGCGGACGCGCGGACGCGCGGGCGCGCGCGGAGGCGACGCGACGCGCGCGACGCGACGCGACGACGACGACGACGCGCGUCCGCCUCAACCGUCGACGCCAUCGACGACGCGACGACGCGCGCUGGCGCUGGCGCUCGCGUCCGCGACGACGCCCGCGAUGGACGCGCGCGCGGCGAACGUGCCGACGCCCGCGAUCGCGUCGAGCGGCGCGCUGGGCGCGCUGGAGUCGCAAUUCAUCGACGUCUUCGGACGCGCCGAACGCGCGGCGGUGAACGUCGUCGACCUCACGGUGCUGAAUCAGAGUGGGAAUCAGAGCGCGUUCGCGGGAGCGAUCGUGGCCGAAGGGAACGGCACGGGAGUGGUGUGGGACGACGAAGGACACGUGGUGACGAAUUAUCACGUGCUGGGAGGCGUGCUCGCGAGCGCGCCGAAGGGGCGGAAGCUCGGCGAGGUGGCCAAGGUGACGAUACAGACGAAUGAGGGGAGUCGGACGUUCGCGGCGACGCUCGUGGGGGCGUCGAAGGAGAAAGAUUUGGUGGUGAUUAAGGUGGACGCGCCGAAGGAGUUGCUGAAGCCGGCGGUGGUGUCGUCGUCGUCGGAGGGCGUGCGCGUCGGGCAGGCGGUGUUCGCCAUCGGUAACCCGUUCGGGUUCGAUCACACGCUCACCACGGGCGUCGUGAGCGGGCUCAAUCGAAGCAUUCAGUCGCAGGUCGGGAGCUUGAUCACCGGGGCGAUCCAAACCGACGCGGCGAUCAAUCCUGGGAACAGUGGCGGACCGCUUUUGGAUUCGCGCGGACAACUCAUCGGCAUCAACACCGCCAUUUUCACCCCCACGGGGACGUCCGCGGGCGUCGGAUUCGCGAUUCCGAUCGACACCGUCAAUGCCGUCGUGCCGCAGCUCAUCGCGAACGGCGAGGUGGUGUUCCCAUCGUUGAACAUUAAAUUCGCCAACGCGAGCGUUGAACGCGAUUUGCAAGUCCCCGUCGGUGGCGGCGCGCUCAUUCAAUCCUUCAUAGGCGACUCCGCGGCGUCAAAAGCGGGUUUUCUCGCCACUCGUCGAGGUAUCGCCGGUAUCGCACCCGGAGACGUCAUCAUCGCCGUCGACGGCGCGCCCUGCGGCGUCGCCGCCGACGUCGUCAGAGCCAUCGAGCGCAAGCGAGUCGGCGACGACGUUCAAGUCACCGCCCUUCGCCGCGCCGCCGUGGGCGACGCCAAGCCCGAAAAGGUCACGCACACCAUUCGCUUAGCCGCGGCGAACGCGUAG